GACCGUAGUUUCACCUGUUGACAGCAAAUCUGUAACAGUUGAAUUAUCCAAAGGAAAUAAGGACACGGCGAACUCGUUUGCAGUACCUAAUCCAGUGGUUAACAAUGUUGUUUCCAGUUCUCGUGUAUCUAACACAAAACUAAUUUCCAAUAACAGAAACAUGGUUGCUGGAGAGAAUGUAGGUAAGCAGAUUACACAACCAUCAAACGGUGUAAGUCGUGUUGAUACAUUUAAUCUUGCGAGGAGUUGGUCUAAUAUGUCUAACACCGGUAGUGGCUUGUCAGUGUCUUCUAAUAAUAACACACCACUUUUGUCUGCUACAAGCACAGAGCAAAUUAAUGCUGCAUCCACGGAAACACGUAAGCCCUUUAUGCCAAGCUCGUGGCAAAUGUCUCGAGCAAAUAUAACAGGAGGUCUUGAUAGCAUCGCCGUUGGGGCACCACGCGGCCAACCAAUUGUAGGUUCAAUAUUCGGCAGUGCCGAAGGGUCAUCCCAAACAAUCAAUCAAAAUGUCGUUGAUCGAUCUAGCAUUGACCAAGAACCUUCAAGAGAUUUUAUGGCUUCAUUUCUUAAUCCUAAAAAUGGUCCCUUAAGAACCCUGAAUCUUGGAAAACAAAGUGUCGAGAUUGUUCCCAUAGGCUCCGACAUGAGUAAAGCCAACAUAAAUGCCAACAAUAUGUUCAUAGUAGGUCGUGGUAAAGCUUCAUCAGUUUUCGAACCAUCGGUUACUGAUUUUGGAAUAUCAGAAGUUUACACACGUAAGCAAGAAUUAGAUGCCAAUCAAUGGAAUACUUUUCUUAAAUCUAUUUCUCAAGAUUCAAACACUCGCAGAAAUAAUGUACCCUACCAAACACAAAACAUUCUGAGUUCAUCCGCGGUAAGACCCUUAGAUGCCAUCGAUUUAAAUAUCAAUACUAUAUCAAACCCAACUGCAUCUCUUACAGUCGAUCCGAAACCUAUGGUAUCAAGCAAUCCGUCAAUUUCUGUAUUAUUGAAUUCUGGAAAAGGACAAGGAGCAAAUUUAGGACCAGAUUUUGUCAACACAAUGUUUGCCGCACCGGGUAUAGGCGGCCAUAGGUCAAUCCCUAUUCCCACGGUAAUGACUCGGCCAGAUGUAGCAGUCCUUUCAUCAUCUUCUGCGGGUAGAACAAAUAGAAUAGUUACGGACACGAGCAGAAAUACACAUAGCGUAGAUUCUGGAUCGUCAUCGAUGUCGUCAUCGUCGAUUUUAUCACCUGGAUCUUCGAGAUCCGUAGAUUCAGUAUUUGAACACACAAUCGAUGUUCAAAAACGACUCUUCGAGAAAUUUAUUGGCUCGCAGGGAAAUGAUCCUUCGCUCAAUGGUGUAUCUCAACGACAGAACACAGGUUUAGUAGCUCAAGCAACGCGAACGGCUGAUUCUGCACCUGUCCCGACUGCUAGUUUAAGUGUACAGCAACAGAGUAACACUCGGGUGGAUAGACGUCCCGUAAACUCCGGUAAAACUGCUGAUCACUUUGAUUUUAAGCUAGGAAAAUCGAUUUUGAUAGCUGAUGGCGUUAUUCCAAACUUUGUUCAAGACACUCAACAAUCAUUGGUUUCUACGUCGGAUCUGCAAAACAUGGCGAGUUCUGGAUUUAGAUUAGGAGAGCCUGUUGUCAUGACAAGAUCCGAUGUUACCCAAGGUAAUGAUUUCACAUCAGUUAGGAGCAUAGGAGGCGUACAAUCACCUAAUGUGAAUCCAACCAGUAGCACAUUAGGUCUAGUCAUUACGCAAGACUUUGGAAAUGCAAAUACUGCUGUUUCCGGUGAACAACCAUCAUCAAGAGAUACUGCAGUCGUCAAUAAAGCCUUAAGUUCUGUACAAAGGGCGGCCAUUGCGGCAAGUGGCUCCACAGCUGAAGCAACUAAAUUCACGUCAGGCAAUCGCAUCGCUGCCUUUGGUCCUGCCAACGGGGCCGACGAGAGGGCCGUCAACAGAAUGCUGGAAAGGAGUUAUAAGCCUGCUAAAGCGAUGAGAAUGGGCAUUCUAGGACCAGUAAGUGAAUGCAGAUACAAGCCCGACCCACAAAGCCAGUAUUACUUUAUUUACAAGAACGGGGCAACAGAACAUCGCUUCCGAUGUGCACUGGGCACCGCCUUUGACGAGAUGACUUGCGAAUGUUCCAUCAGGGUGUCAGACCACGACGAUUGCUUAGAGGUGCACAUGGAUUUCAACAACGGCGUUGUGGAAGAUUCAUCCCUGAACAACCUGCCCAUCGGAAACGAGAACGUGGAGAUCACUAACAGCUCAAGUCCGCUCGCAGGCAUCGCGUUAUUCGGAGGAGAUGGCAAGCUGACAAUCUGGCGGUACCAGAACUACGACUUCAGGAACCACAUCAUGCUGAAGGUCCAGUUCCGACCGGGUCCUGGUGGGGACCGGAUUCAGACUCUCAUCUCCAACUGCGGAAGUGAAAGCCCCUCGAUCGCCAUCCUGUACGAUACCAACAUGAAGGAAGCGGUUCUUAUUCUUAAGACAGAUAAUGACACACAGAAGGACCUUAGAUUCAAGAUAGACCCCACCGAAUGGAAUGAUGUCACAUACAUUUAUGACGGAAUGGAGUUUAUAGGAAUCGUGAAUGGCGUUAGAAGAUAUGUUUCAAAACAAGAUCCACAUUUGCUCGGCAUCAUUGGAGGCGAAAUCAAGUCAGUAGCAACCAAAGGUUUGAUUGAAAUCCGCGACUCUGCGGUGACGUUAGGCCAAUGUCCGUUGUAUGGAAGUUACAUAGGCGCAAUGGUUGACAUCCAAAUAUACACUUGCAUACCCCGUGAUUUCCGUCUGGAAUAAACACACGAAGAAUACGUGCGAGAUGCGAUGAACAUGUGCUUAUACUUGAGUGAACUAUUUGAACAUACACAAAAUGUGCUGCAUGGUAUAAAGACAACUGAAUACAAAAAUGUGAAGGUGCUCUUGGUAUUCAACAGAUAUGUAUUUACAUGUGCGAAUGACUAACAACUGUAUUAGACGUCUAAACUAAUUGUUGCUAUCCUUGGGUUACACAUUUAUACGUUAACAUAUUAUUUAAUUGCUAUGUCAUGUGUAACCUUUGUGUAAGAGUACAUCAAUUUUUUAAAUAUGCUUUUUACAUGCUUCCUUAAUGUCACUUUCUUUGUUAUCUUAAAUAAACUCAUUUAUGAAGAUAUCUUUCAAAACAUAUGUUGUUUUACACGAUAACUGAAAGGAAAAAUAGUUUUUUUUUAUCAAACAGUUUUAUGAUAUAAAAACAAAAGUUUUUCAAUAACUCUGUUACAUCUUGUGUUUUCAUUCUGAGAUUUUCGCAAAUAAUUGUGUUUUCUUUGAUAUUGCGUGUUUUUGGUAUUUUUUAUUGGAAAAUUAGUUGUUAAUUUAUCGAGGUUAAGAAAACCUAUACGAAAAGGCAUUCUACGUAAAUGUAGUCUCAUAUAUGACAGGCUUCAUAAUGUAACAGUAGAUUAUGAUCGGCGUUUUCGUCUCCACAUAUAAAACAACCAUGGCUUGAACAUCUUUGAUGUUUUUAAAAUGUGUUAAGAUUUGUGUAUAUAAUGUCGGGAUUAUAUGUGUAAUUUUAUAUGAUUGUGUGUGAGUUGUUGAUUUUAUAUAAUUGUGUGUGAGUUGUUAAGAAUAAAAUAUA